GCUGUCAGGAGCUUCACCGAGCACCACCACCAUCAUCGUCCUCCUCAUCAUCCCCACCCCUCAACCUCUCCCUGCGGGAACGACAAUAUCCAGCUCUUAACAUUCCCAAUUUGGAAUUGCAAAUCCUCGCCAAAGGACCCGGCAUAGACCACGUUCUUUCUUUAAUGGCGUCAGAAACGCGUCUCGCAUUAUUGUACAGGAGGUAUGGCGGUUAAUCAGACGCUCUGUGAAUCCGCAUUCUCAGUCAGAUUUUCAAUGCAUGCGUUUGAUUUGAUUAUAAUACCAUCAUUUAAGCAUAUUACCAAUCUUUAUUAGUCAUUCAAAAGAUGCAUAUGCGCGCAUACGGUGCACAAAUUGCCUAUUCAAAUCGCAGGUGUUGUUGCAAACAGGAUUAAGCGAUGAAAUUCAAUUUCAAAAUGCAUGACGGAAUGGACAGACUGAUUUAAAAGCGCUGGUUGCAUUGGUGUGCGUUUGUGAUUACUGGAUGCUGGGGAGUCUGGGGAGAGUUUGAGGUGGUCCACACCCCGUCAUUGUUUCAGCCAUGUCCCCUCCAGCAUCCGCUGCGACAGCCAGUGAGAGCAGCACCACUACUGUGUUCGAGGACGACCCAGAUGGCACUAGAGAGGAGCAGAGGCCUGUGAAACAGUCACUGAGCAAGACAAUGUGCAGAGAGGUGUUCUGGAAAUGCCUGCUGCUGUCCAUGCUCAUGUACGGCUGCAUGGGAGCCAUGGUGUGGUGCCACGUCACUAAGGUCACCCGAUUGACCUUUGACAGUGCCUACAAAGGGAAGUCCAUGAUGUAUCAUGACAGUCCCUGCUCCGAUGGCUACAUCUACAUCCCCCUGGCCUUCCUCAUCAUGCUUUAUGUCAUAUACCUGGUGGAGUGCUGGCACUGCCAUGCCAGAAAUGAGCUUCAGUAUAAAGUGCACGUGGAGGGGAUCUACGAAAGAGUCCAGAGGAUGCAGCAGGCCAAGCCUUGCAUAUGGUGGAAGGCUAUCAGCUACCACUACGUUCGACGGACACGGCAAGUCACAAGGUACCGCAACGGAGACGCGUACACAACCACACAAGUGUAUCACGAGAGGGUGAACACGCAUGUAGCCGAGGCAGAGUUCGACUACGGCCACUGUGGAGUUAAGGAUGUCUCCAAGCAGCUAGCUGGUCUGGAAAAGUCAGCCAUCACCAAACUGAGGUUCACUAAGUGCUUUAGCUUCGCCAACGUGGAGUCCGAAAACUCCUAUUUGACCCAACGGGCAAGGUUCUUCACCGACAACGAAGGACUGGAUGAUUAUAUGGAGGCUCGGGAGGGGAUGCACCUGAAAAACGUAGAUUUCAAAGAGUACAUGAUUGCCUUCUCCAACCCUGACCACCAUCCUUGGUACAUCUCCAACUACGUCUUCUGGACAGCGGCCUUUCUUACCUUAUCCUGGCCGUUACGGGUGCUGACGGAGUACCGCACGGCCUACGUCCAUUAUCGUGUGGAAAAGCUCUUUGGUGCCGACUACAUACCUGUGACGCCCUGCGACGAGAGACCUUACUGUAGACGCAUCCCGAGGGUCAACACCAUCGACAGCACCGAACUGGAGUGGCACAUUCGCUCCAACCAGCAGCUGGUGCCCAGCUACUCCGAGGCGGGUCUGAUGGACCUGGCGCAACAUUCAGGAAGCGUCAGGCAGAACUGUGAACGCUGCCAUCGCGCCAUCAGCAACUCCUCCGUGUUCUCCCGCAGCGCCCUCAGCAUCUGCAACGGCAGUCCACGGAUCCCCUUCAGUGGGAGUCGCUUCUCCUUGGGGAGACUGUACGGUUCCCGCCGCAGUUGUUUUUGGAGAAGCGGGAGCUGCAGUCUGGACGAACCAGAGAGCCCCAGUGAGAACACGCGAUGCCUGUCCGGACAGAUCAAUGUUGACGAGGAAGACCCACCACCCUACCAGGAUGCGUUAUACUUCCCGGUGCUUAUCGUCCAUUGCAGUGAGAGUUGCCCCAAUCACCGAUCCUUCCAUAGGAAUAGCUCGUGCGUGGAGACGUCUUUAUGAUGGACCUCUGACCUCUGAAAGAAGUUCAAAAGACGUGAGAGUCUUUCCGACAAUGCAGAAAAAUCUCAAUACCAGAUGUGUCCUGUUACUCAGGAAUCAUUUAUUGGAAUAUUUAUUGGCCCACAACACUGUAUGCUUACAACAAUGGACAGAACAAUUGAGAAAUAGCUCCAAUAAUACUUAUUUAUAGCAAUAAUGCAAACAAAGCAUUGGAGUUCUUGGUACAAGUAAUAAUUUUGAUUAACUUGCUAUCUAGGACAGCAAAAACGGGCUGUUUUUGUUCAUGUGUUUUUGACAGCUAUAAAGAACACUGGCCACAGAGCAAAAACCUGGUCUUUUUUCUACAAGUAUGACCAUUUUCACCUUUAUGAACCUUCUUAAAUGUUGCACUUGAAGUUACAUCAGUCAAAUCAUCUGUAAAAGAAUGUUACUUUGUUUCUCUCAUGUAGUGGAUUCCAUUGGACCAUGAAAUAUAUGGUUUACAUUCAUAUAAGAACACUCCUUACUGUAUGUGAGAAAAAUAUCAUGGGUAAUUUGUACUUUUAUUGUGAUUUAACCGUAUCAGACAAAACUAUAUACGAUUAUGGACCAUUUUGGCAAUGUUCGCCACACUAUCUCAAACCUCUUAGGAAACCAUAUGAUACAUUUCAGGCUAUGCAACUAUUAACCUCUGGUAUGUUAUGCCUUUAAAACAUGUAUACGAUUUACAAUGGAAUGUAUGACUGUUGAAGCUUUUCUUUACAUCACUUUUAUGUAGUGUACAAACUAUCCAACAAGGACUUGAUUAUUUAGUGAAGACAGACAUGAACAAGCUUGACUAUUAGUGAAUGUUUUAGGGGUUUAAUGGCUGAAGGCUGCUCUUGUACAUGGCUGGAAAUUGCAGUGGAUCAGAGUAAAUGCAAAGGAUCAAUUAAACACAGUAUAAGAGAGGAAAUAUAUACGUUUCAUUAUGCAGCUGUACAUUCAUUUAUCAGUUAGUUAACAUUGUUUUGCAUUAACCAUAACAAACCAUAACAAAGGUGCAUCAUCUUGAAAGCUCAAUUCAGCAUGGUUUUACCAAUGAUACCUGAAUGCUAAAAAGAAGUACUGACCCUCAGAAAUGGCCUAGAGCUUUCCAAAGACUUUUUUUUUUUUUAAAUCUCAUUCAUGCAGUUGAUGCAGAUAUAGCCUGUAUGUCUCUGGUCUGUUACCUGUUGUGUAUAAAGGUUGCAAAAGCAUUUAUCAACAUUGUGUCAUAUCACUUUUAUACUGCCUGGAUAAUGUAUAUCAUAUCAUGAAAAAGGAAAAACGCCAUCAAUUUGCUGCCUUCAUGUAGCACACAUUAAACAUUGUUAUGUUAAAUGGACACAAACUCACUGAAUAAACUGCUUGUGGAUACACAGAAAUGAGUAACCACUGUGUAAAUAUGACUUACAGAGAAAAAAAAAAAAAGAACAAAAGAAACCUAUAAGUCAGUCAUGCCAAGUUACACUUAGGUCAUUCCUGUUCUGUUUUUGUUGUGAGUUUAAGGAAGUAUUUCUAUAAAAGACAUGUAUAAAUCUUCCCUUUCCAUUAAGUAGCCUAGUCAUUUUGAUUACUUAAAAAAUUACAAUAAAACAAACAGGAUGUUCAUAAAGAUCAUACAAAUAACUUUCAAAAGGAUGUCAACAGUUUCAUUUCCAUAUUUCUUUACGCAUCUUCUGAAUCUGAAAUGUUGAUCUUACCAAACUGAUUUAUUUUGAUAAAUGUUUUAGGGAGAAACAAACCAGCAACAACAACAUCCAGGAUUUUAUCAAAUAUCCAUUAAUAUUACUAAUAAAUGUUUUCUGUUAAUUUUACA